AUGCCACUGAUUCGACAUCUCGAUGAAGAAGACAACGUACCCAACGAGGGCAAAGGAACCUGGAUCCUAGGCAACAUUGCCUUGAGGCAGCAGAAUUCGGCUGCAUCCUCCUUCUAUGGCACGGUGAAGACCCUUUCCCAGCAGGACUUGGAUCGCCCAUUCACUUGGUAUACAUCCAAAGGCCUUGCUGAGGACAUGAUCCGUCGAGUUGUCACUAGUAUGGAGGACCACGGCUGGAACGACCGCCUAGCCAGGGACGGCCACAGCCAGCAAGAGAAAGCGUCAAAAGGAACCAGAGAUUUGGUCUGGCCGCCCAUCGCCUUUAGGAAAUACGUUGGUGGCUUCACUCUCCUCCGCUUCUGGUGUGAUCCCUAA